AUGAGUUAUUUCUCGUCGCCUGUGACAAUUUCGUACAAGAACGAACUGUCCGUUUUGGCGAUGUCACAGGAAAGAAUUCGUCACAGAAACACGGUCGUCGUUGUUCCGAAUAAAUAUGUACAUAAGAUUUCAACCUAUCGUACAUUGGCUUUUAUUCCGUUUUUUUUCUUUCAUGUUUUUUUUUCUUUCUUAUUUUUUUCUUUAUUAUUUUUUUUUUUUUUUUUUUUUUUUUUUCUUUCUUUUCUUUCUUUCUUUGUUUUCUUUUCUUUCUUUGUUUUCUUUUCUUUCUUUGUUUUCUUUUCUUUUGUUUUCUUUUCUUUUCUUUCUUUCUUUUCUUUCUUUUUUUCUUUUCUUUCUUUUUUUUCUUUUCUUUCUUUUCUUCUUUUCUUUCUUUUUCUUUUCUUUCUUUUUCUUUUCUUUCUUUUUCUUUUCUUUCUUUUUUUCUUUUCUUUUUUUUUCUUUUCUUUUUUUUCUUUUCUUUUUCUUUUCUUUCUUUUCUUUUCUUUCUUUCCUUUUUUGUUGUCGGAAACAUUUUUACUAUGA